GCCUUAUCAUACAGCACCAUAACUGCUCAGAGGAACACAGAACACGAGUCGCAGAAUAGCAAGAAACCAUGGCUGCUCUGACAUUGACAAAUAUCAACUGGCAGCUUGAAGCAAAUGCGAAUGCACACCAUACUGAUAAAUACUCCAGCACAGAGCUGAUUGUGAGGAGAGGACAGGCCUUCACUAUCAUCCUGACCUUCAACAGAGCACUGCAGACUGGAGAGAGCUUAACAUUCAUUGCAGAAACAGGGCCAAAACCAUCACUGCAAGCGAAGACCCAGGCUGUAUUUGACAUCUCCAGCACAGCGAGCAAUAGUACCUGGAGCGCAGUCCAACAAUCCACCAACUCCAGCUCCGUCAGCAUCUCUAUUUCCAGCCCAGCUAAUGCUGCCAUCGGACGCUACAAACUGAGCGUGCAGCCUGCCUCAGGUGGUAGUGCCUCCCGUAGGACUCUCGGAACAUUCGUUCUGCUCUUUAACCCUUGGUCUUCAGGAGAUGAUGUGUUUAUGCCCGACAGCAUUGAGCGCAAGGAGUACGUGCUGGAAGAGUUUGGAAUUGUCUUUGUGGGCAACGUAAACCGUAUUAGCAAGAUGGGCUGGAAUUAUGGCCAGUUUCAAGGAGACAUUCUGAAUAUCUGCCUUUCCAUACUGGAUAGAAGCCUAAGCUACCGUAAAGACCCUGCCACUGAUGUGUCUCGCAGAAAUGAUCCCAAAUACGUGGGCCGUGUGCUCAGUGCCAUGGUCAAUGGUAAUAAUGAUGAUGGGGUGAUAUGGGGAAACUGGAGUGGAAAUUACUCUGGUGGAACAAGUCCAAGCAGUUGGAAUGGAAGCGUUGAAAUCCUGCGAAAGUGGAAGGAUGCAGGAUUUAAACCUGUUAAAUUUGGACAAUGCUGGGUUUUUGCAUCAGUGCUGACCACAGUGCUCAGGUGUCUGGGGAUUCCUACUCGUAUGAUUUCAAAUUUCAACUCUGCCCAUGAUUCAGAUAGAAACCUGAGUGUGGAUGAAUAUUAUGAUGAUUCUGGAAAUCCUCUGAAAAUAGGGGAGGAUAGCAUCUGGAAUUUCCAUGUCUGGAAUGAAAGCUGGUUUACCCGAAGUGACCUGGGGCCCUCCUACAAUGGAUGGCAAAUUCUGGAUGCAACUCCCCAGGAGCAAAGUGCAGGAAUAUUUCAGUGUGGUCCUGCUUCACUUAUAGCCAUCAAAGAAGGCGAUGUAGACCUGGACUAUGACUCUCCAUUCGUAUUUGCUGAGGUGAAUGCAGACCGUAUCACCUGGACUUACGACAUUAGGACUAGAGAGGCAAAGCCGAUCUCUUCUGAGACCAAGUCAAUUGGCCAGUUCACCAGCACCAAGGCAGUAGGCAGUUAUGACCGUGUAGAUGUCACUAAUAAUUACAAAUAUGCAGAAGGCUCUCAGAAAGAAAGAGAAGUGUAUGAAAAGGCUCGUACAAAGCUGAGUCGAGUACUUGGUUUCAGUUCCACAUCAGAGAAGCGACCAGAAAUUGAUCAAAAGCCUGACAUUUCAGGGAAGUUCAAGGUGGAUGGCUCCUUAGAGAUUGGGAAAGAUGUCAGCCUAAUCUUGGUUCUCAGAAAUUUGACCUCUGAUGCUAAGACUGUAAAGGCAAAUAUGACUGCUUGGACCAUCGUGUACACUGGGAAGCCAAUUCAUGAGGUCUGGAAAGACUCCCUUUCACAUACUCUUGGUCCUGAAGAAGAGAAACAGUUUCCCAUUAAGAUAACGUAUGCUGAGUACCAGCAAAAUUUAACAAGAGACAACAUGAUUCAAGUAACAGCUUUGUGUCAAGUUGAAAGUGGGAUUGAUACGGUGGUGGGAAGAAACAUCACUCUGGAUAACCCUGACCUUGUCAUGCAGGUGCUCAGUGAUGCAAAGGUGAAUGAACCAGUGAAUGUGGAAGUGGUAUUUACCAAUCCUCUCGAUCAAGAGGUGAAAGACUGCGUGCUGCAGGCAGAAGGCAGUGACCUGCUGAAAGGAAAGCUCAAGAUAGAAAUGCCCUCACUACAGCCCAGGCAGAGUUCCAAAGUACCGCUUGAAAUCAUUCCCACCAAGAGUGGAACCAAGCAACUGCUCGUUAAUUUCUCCUGUGACAAGUUUCCAGAUGUCAAAGCCUUUGAGACCAUAAAUGUGGCCAAGUGA